AUGCUUCUCACUAUGACUUGGGCAGCUGAGAAUGGCGCAACGGGUGUUGAGCUCGACCUUGAAUUUACUUCAGAUGGUGUUCCCAUUCUAAUGCAUGAUGAAACAGUAGAAAGGACAACUGAUGGGACUGGAAGAUUGUGUGACUUGACUUUUGAUGAAAUUAGGAAGCUUAAUCCAUCUGCAAAACACAGACUACGGAGCAAAUUCCAGGGGGAGAAGGUGCCAACUCUGAGAGAAGCUGUUGUGGAGUCUAUGCACCAUAAUCUUACAAUCUACUUUGAUGUCAAAGGCCAUGCAGAUCAGGCAGUUGACGCUCUAAAACAACUCUACCUGGAAUUUCCACGUUUGUACAACACCAGCAUAGUCUGUUCCUUCAUGCCAGAUGUUGUUUAUAAGAUGAGACAAGCUGACAGGAAUGUUGUAACAGCACUAACACACAGGCCUUGGCAUCUGAGCCAUUUUGGAGAUGGGACACCCCGUUUCAGUUCCCCCUGGAAACAUUAUUUGUAUAUGACGAUGGAUGUCAUUAUAGAUUGGAGCCUACACAGUUUCUUGUGGCAAUUGUGUGGGGUUUCAGCUUUCCUCAUACAGAAGAAUUUUGUUUCUCAAGAGUAUGUGAGGCACUGGUCUUCAAAAGGAAUUCAAGUGGUUGCCUGGACAGUAAACACAUUUGCAGAAAAAAGCUACUAUGAAACUGUCCUUGAAUCCAGCUACAUCACUGACAGCUUGGUGGAAGACUGUGAUCCUCAUUACUAGACCUCUACUUUGUCUAAAUAAAAGCAAGUAAGCUUUCUUACUUGGGCAGGUCUGCAUCCACAAGAGAGA